CGGAGAGCCCAGAACAGGACCUAGAGUAGGCUCGACUGAUUCCUCCCUCCCUCUCCUCUCGCUUCCCUCCGCUCUCGCUUGAGAGAGAAACGCCAGAACCCCAACUUUUGACAACUACAAGCAAACCCACCGACCACUACCAUGGCAUCUGCAAGCAGCUCCGCGCAGGCCGCCUUCGGCCUGGGCCGUCGGAAGAAGAACCCCGGCCUCCUGGAUCAGAUUGGGAACUUCUUCGGAGGGGAUAAGAAGAGGAAGAGCAAGGGCUCCUUCCGCGGCGCUCUGUCUCCUGCCCCCCAGAAAGCCUCUGCCACUUCCCCUCGCAGGCGUGCUGGGGAGAACGCCGUGGCUCACUUCUUCCGCACCAUUGUGUCUCCUGCUCCUCCUAAGUCCAGGUGGAGGGCAGUGGCUGCAAAGAUGGGCCUGGGAACCCAGAAGUCACAGUCCACCAAAGCCAAGAAGUCUGACGGGAAAGGAUCCCUGACUAGGAUCUUCAAAAUGUGACGAAACUCAGCAGCAGAGGAAGCCGGAGUUCUUCUCCCGCCAAACGCUGAAGUCUCCCAAAACACCUUCCCAACAGCACGAGGGCAGACGAGCACCAACGCAAGACUAAAAGGAGGAAGAUGGAAGCGAUGACGUCCCCCCCUUUUAACUUCCCGCUGACCCUCGGAUAACACUUACCACCCCCUAUAGGCUGGUACAUCGACACAAUCUGUUGCCCCGCCCACGUCUCUACCUGCACGUCUCCUCUAUCAUUUUGUCUGACUCACGUGACGGUUGCACCGCGGUCGACCCGGAAGUGUUCAAGACCGGCACCAGUCCGACUGACCUUCAUGGCCCGGGUCGAUUCAGCUUAGUAAAGAAAGUCGUCUUUGUCCCGUCGUACGUGUCCGUCUCUGUAUAUUAUUAUUUUCUAAUCUUUGACCAAGUUAACUUCAUUGUAAAUGAUUUUGUAAAUCUGUAAAUGAUUUUGUGUCAUUAAGUGUCGUGUCUUCAGCGUCGGUUUUGGUUUCAUAGCCCCUGUAUCUAACUCCGCCAGUCAAUUUUCUUGCUCCUAACAGGUUUCGUGUCUCGCUUUCUUUUCGGUCGGCAUGGAUUUGACACGAUGUGCUGUCAGACACAAUUUUCAAAAAGGUGCUCAGAGUAACUCAGAAGUAACCGUGUUUAGAUGAAGUGUGUUAAAACACUGCAUGUUUUCCUGAAGCGAGCGAGCGCGUGCGUAUGUGUGUGAGCCUUUGAAGCGUUGUGUUCCGGACGGAUCCAAAGAACCUCCCCCUCAUUAUCUGUAAUAAAAGUGAACCAGCCACUUAACGGAAAAUAAAAAAGGAAUAAAAGGAAUAAAGCAAA